GUAAAUCUGUAAUAAAACGAACAAGUCUCGUUUGGAAUUCAUUUUAAACGCUGCACGCUGUAAACACCGAAACGUAAACACAGUACCACACCGGGCGCACGAAAAAAUUGCAAUGAGCUAGCAGCGCCGGCGGAUGGAUGGACUGGAGCGAAGUCGGGGCGAGACAGGUCCGGAUUUACUUUAAAAUCGUGCAUGCUGGGCGCAGAAAAAAGUGCUACUACGAGUGUAUUAUUGUAAUUCGAGAACGGCAAUAUGAAAUAUAAUAGGAGA